GUGCUAUAAAAAUUUGGAUGAGCCACAGCUUCUUUUGAUCAAAACAUACAUUUUGGUUGACUGACACGGUGAGACCAGACAUUUUAGCAAGUCAUAGUAUGACAUAUCCCCGCGUGUCCAAUCUCACGUAGUAGCAAGUGUAGCAGAAAUGAAACACCUCCUAUCUAGUCCCCAAAGCACCAAAGCGAGUGAGGGAAAGCAGAGAGCGAUGGGGAGCUCACCAAACGACUUCUCGGUGGUGGUUUUGCCAUCCGACUACGGAAUCGAUUCGAGGCCGUUCCUGACGAACCAACAGCAACAGAGAGUUGUUGCCGAGGAAGAUAACGACCAAGAGAACUGGCACGACUGUCCUCAGAUCCUCUCCUCCGACGAGGACUUCUCCGAUCUCGAGCUCUUGCAGUUCUUCCGUCCCCAAGGCCGUGACAAAUCUGGAAACCUCAUUUUCCGUAUCGUCGGCAAAUACUUUCCCGCUCCAGUUGUGAGUGGGGAUAGGCUAAAGAGGUACAUUUGCAAUAAACUAUGCAGUGACUCUCCAGAAGGGCCGUACUGCAUUGUUUACAUGCAUAGUACAGUGCAAAAGGAGGAUAACUCCCCUGGAAUAACUAUCUUGAGGUGGAUUUAUGAAGAACUUCCAUCUCAUUUGAAGGAUAGGCUUCAAGUUGUGUACUUCAUUCAUCCUGGACUUCGCUCAAGGCUUGUCUUUGCCACUCUUGGCCGAUUUUUCUUAAGUGGAGGCCUAUAUUGGAAAAUCAAGUAUGUAAGCCGCUUGCAGUACCUUUGGGAUGAUAUAAAGAAGGGAGAGAUUGAGAUUCCUGAUUUUGUGAAAAGUCAUGAUGAUGUUCUUGAGCAUAGACCAUUGACAGAUUACGGGAUCGAACCAGACCCUCUUCACAUGAUUGAGGUGCCAGCAACUGCCUAUUCAUUUGGAAGGUAUGAGGAGAGAUGGGCUUCAAGAGAAUAUACGUCUUAGGUGCUCUAUAAAUGGCAUAUUCCCAGUGAACUGAGAUUGAAUCUCUCAUGCGGGUUGAGAUGUAGCUACCAAAUGUGUAUGCCUGCUCUGUACAUAGUUAUAUUAAAGUUACCAUCUAUAUCCAAACCGUGAUUGGUAGUAGGUGUAUGCACUCUAUUUGUCCAACUUUGGCUUAGAGACAGUUGCAUGUAUUGAGUUAUAAUGUGGUUUCUUGGUUCACAUGGAUGGUGGCUGUACCAUGUAUUUUGUGACUUGGUUUUGUUCAGUGCGAUCACAAAUUUCAUGAACAUGUUAAAACCUGCCCUCACUUGUUCCAGCAUUUUUCAACAUCAGCUAAGGGAGAGUAUUGUUAUUUUUCGAGAAGAAAGGGAGAGUAUUGUUCGAGUAGACAUGACCGCACAAUGCUCGCUUCUGCCUUCUGCCUUUUUCUGUUUGG